AUGGAUUUACAACCUCCACCACCGAAAUAUUCUACUUUUGAUUUCGAUAUAGAAAAUGUGAAAUUAUCAAAUAGUCCACAAGAUGACUAUCAAAGAAUUUUUUUCACUACUCUAUUUGAAAAAUUUUAUUCUCAAGAUAUCGAUGCAAAAGUUAAGAAUAAAUUAUCAAUUAAUGAACUAUUUAUUCAACAAUUAAAAAUAAAUUCAACUACUUAUAGAUCUUCAAUUGCAAAAGAUUUGGAAAACCCAAAUUAUUUAACCGAUGAAACUAAUAUGGAAAACGCUAGAAAGAAAAGAGAAGUUGAAAAGAAUUUUUCUGCUGCUAAUAUUGCCACUACCAGUACUAGUAAUUCGACUGGUAAACAAACUAGAAGAAGAUCUUCUACUAGAAAGGAGAAAGGAAAUGAAACUUUAAAAUGUUUCGAAUAUAAAUUUCCAGAUUUAAAAAUUUAUUUGGAUGAUAACAAUAACAUUAAUAAAAAAUUUACUAUUAACGAACAAUCUUUAAAAAAAAUUCCAAUUCAUAUUAGAUCAAAUUUAGGAAUCGAUAAAGAAUUUUGUAUGAGACAGAUGUUGGAUGCUAAUGUUGUCUUUAAAGAUACUAAUACCUUAAACAAUAAUAACAGUACUUCUUUACCUUCUUCAGUUUCUUCUUCAGUUUCAUUAUCUGAGAUGGAAGAUAAGAAAACGAUUAUUCCAAAAGAUAAUGUUUCUGCUGCUAUGAAUACUUUGACUAAGAAUCAACAAUUUAAAGUCACUAAAUUAGAUCAUAAUGACGCUUCAAAUAAUAAACUUAUUAGUAAAAAUAAUACAGUCCUAUGGGAAUAUGAUACAGGUUAUGUAUUUUUAACAGGUAUCUGGAGACUUUAUCAAGAUAUUAUUAGGGGUUUAAUUCUUUGCGAUAGAAGAGAUACUACUAAAGAACAAAAUAAAUUAAUUAGAGAUAAAUGUAUUCGUGAAUAUGAAUAUAUUUCAUCUUAUGCGUUUUAUGAAUCAAUUAAUUUGGAUAUUGAUGAAAACCCAUCAAUUGAUCAAGAUAUUUCUCAAUAUCAGGAUUCUAGCGGAAGACAAAGAAAGAGACGUUCAAUUACUAAUCCAAGUAAUGCAAAUUUAGCAAAUAUUGGUAUUCAAGUCGAUGGGAAAAAAAAAAGUUCUACUGAUGGAACUAAUAAGAUUAAUUACUCAGAUUUACAUUGGAAUGAAAUCUCGGACAUUUUAUGUGAUAUUGUUCGUGAUGAUUUUAAAAAUCAUUUAAUUCAAGAUCAAAAGAUUCCUUUGGAAAAUAUCGAUGUCGAUGGGAAAAACAUUAAUGAUUUGGGGAAAAGAAUUCGUGGAGGAUUCAUUAAGAUUCAAGGCACUUGGCAACCAAUGAGGAUUGCUAAAAGAAUGUGUUACAGAUUCUGUUACCCAAUUAGAUAUCUAUUGACUCCAUUAUUUGGACCAGAUUUCGUUCCCGAAUGUGAAAAAUGGUAUAAAGCUAUUGAACAUCAUGCUGAAAAGAUGGCUGAAGAAAGAAAAAGAACUGGAUUCGUGGGUCCAAUGCGUUCCAAGAAAACUGUCAGAAAGAUUACUCCAAAGAAUUCAAAUACUUCUUCUCCAAGAGGUAAAAGAAAAGCUUCAUUUUCUUCUUCGACUUCUUCUUCUGCUAUUCAUGUCGGGCCAGAUUCUAAGAGACCGACUCUAAGAGACCCAUUUUCAGGCAAUGAUGCAAUCUUGACUCCAACUAGAGACAUGAUUACGAUCGCACCAAUCCAAACAGCAACACCGGAAUCAAGUGUCAAUAGUAAUAGCAUUCCAAGAGUCUAUGUAGCAAAUACUAGACAUAGAUGUACUCAAUCAUUACCUUCGAUUCAAGGAAUCAUAAGUAGUGUUCAACAUAUACCACCACCACCACCUUCAAAUCAACAACAUUUGAUUCGUGGUGGAUUUCCUCAUCAUGGAAGAAAUUCUGUUCCAAAUGUUCAUUUUGCACCUUUUGUUCAACAAAUAGGUUAUUAUCCACCUCAACCUUUGAUCCCUCAGGUAAUUAAUCAACAUACUCAAAGACAGCAGGCAUACUUACCUCCACCACAUCAGACAACAACAGUGAUGGAUCCAGCUUUCAACAGAACUUCCACGAUGAAUAAUUUUAGAACACCAACAACUACUGACAGGUACAAUUUAACUUACAAUGGGAAUAUGGUUCAAAGCCGUAAUUCGAUUAGUAAUCAAAGUAGUAAUCAAAACAGCAAUUUAACUACACCUCAAACUCCUGAUGUUAACAUUUUAUCUGCUGCAACGAAUCUUUAUAAUACAGGUGGGCAUAGAUAUUCUUAUCCUCCAAAGGUUAAAGUGUCUCAAAUUGAACCCAGUAGCAAAUUUGAUUUUGCUCCACAUACUCAUUUGACAUAUAUUGGCACUCCUAAACUAAGUGAUGUUCCUCGUUCAUCGGGUGGCACUGUUACGGGAUCGACCAAUCAAGUUCCUCGUAUUUAUAAUAGAGAAUUACCUAGAAUCAUUCCCCAAGCAUAUAUAUCUGCAGCUCAGUACCAAGUGCCAUUACAAUCACAAUUGCAACAACGCACUCAAUAUCAAACAUUUCCACAGUCUCAACAGCCACAUCAGCAACUACCACAUCAGCAACAGCAACAGCAACAACAGCAAUAUUAUCAUUAUCAAUUUCAACAACCUCAUUGA